CAGGCCACUAACGUUCGAGCGAUCGAUUAGGAUUUAGCGCCAUCCUUGGCACGCUCGAACCUCCCCUACCUGAACGUGCUCUCCUGGACAUUCCAGGCCUCUCGUCCUCAUUCAACGGCCUCUUUAUUUGUGCGAGAACCUUUAUUUACACUUCAAAACGCAUGCGCCGCGACUAGGAGCCUGUGGUGCUGCUGUAUUCUUCCGUCGACGUCGCCGUGGCGAGGAAGGGCGGAUGCUACUCUCGGACCUCUCUCGAGCGACCUGCUAGAUCCCCUCGUGCGCAACACCUACUACAACGACCGCAACGACGCUGCGAGAAGCCUCCUUCAGUAUGGAGGACCCGGUAGCUGUGCUCCCCUCUGUGGAGCCAGCGAAUAACCCCCUCGACGAUCCCACGAACUCGAAGCCCGCACUUACGCCGCCCACGAGCGAAGACUUGGACAAGAGGGAUGAGAGACUAUCAUCAGAGCUCUCAGAGCUGGAUAGCGACGAAGAAUUUGGAGAAAUUGAGCCAGAUCACUAUUUCGAGGGUGGGAAAAUACCAGUGUUCAAGCCGACAAUGGAACAGUUUCGAGAUUUCAAGAGGUUCGUUGAUAAAGUCGAUAAGUAUGGAAUGAAAUCCGGCAUCGUCAAGGUCAUUCCGCCGAAAGAAUGGCGCCAAUCUCUUCCCGAUCUCUCUGAGUCGGUCAAGUCAAUCAAGGUCAAAAAUCCGAUCAUGCAAGAAUUUGCUGGCCAACACGGCAUCUAUACUCAGGCAAAUAUUGAAAAACAGCGGUCAUAUAAUCUUCCAGAGUGGAAGAACUUGACUCUUGAGCCUCAUCAUCAGCCACCUGCGAAGCGAGGCGAGCGACGGAAAGCUGCCGCAGAGGCCGCCGCACCUACUCGCACACGAUCUACCAGAGCUCAGGCCUCGGCACCGCCCGCUGACAACUCCACUCCACCACCAAAGCGCAAACCUGGACGACCACGCCGCCGACCAAUCAAGGUAGAGAAAGACGACAAUGCCGAUGACGAAGAUGCUAUCGAGGUACCUCCAACCCCAAAAUCUCCUGGUAAAGAUGAACCGGAGAAGGAGAAAAGAUCAUCUCGAACCCGCGUCAAGAAGGAGGAACCGGAGGCCUCGACACCUACCAAGCCAAAGGGUCGCCAGCCAAGAUCAACUGCUUCACGCAGGAUGAAUAAUCGUAAUGUUCUGUCUGAUUAUAUUGAUGAGAAGGCGUUCGAGAACUUCGAUUACCAUCUUGCCGGUCUUGACGAGUAUUCGGUCGAGCGAUGCAAGGAACUCGAAGAAAACUACUGGAGGACCAUCAACUACGGCCAACCGAUGUAUGGAGCGGAUAUGCCAGGCUCUCUAUUCAACGACGAAACAACAAGUUGGAACGUAGCUAAGCUUCCCAACCUUCUAGAUGUCCUUGGUACCAAGGUUCCAGGUGUCAAUACUGCCUAUCUUUAUCUAGGAAUGUGGAAGGCUACUUUCGCAUGGCAUCUUGAGGAUGUAGAUCUCUACAGCAUUAACUACAUCCACUUCGGCGCACCUAAACAGUGGUACAGCAUCUCGCAAGAGGACGCUCGACGAUUUGAGGCUGCCAUGAAAAGUAUAUGGCCCCGAGAUGCGAAGAACUGCUCACAAUUCCUUCGACACAAAACAUAUCUCAUCUCGCCUCAGCAACUUGAGAGACAGUUCAACAUUAAAGUCAAUCGUUUGGUCCAUUACGAAGGAGAAUUUGUCAUCACUUAUCCGUACGGCUACCACUCAGGAUACAACAUUGGCUAUAAUUGUGCCGAGUCUGUCAAUUUCGCCAAUGAAUCUUGGCUCAGCUACGGAAGGAUCGCUAAGAAAUGCGAGUGCGAAUCUGAUAGUGUCUGGGUGGAUGUCAACGAGAUCGAACGCAAGUUGAGAGGCGAGCCGACUCCAGAAUACUACGAAGAGACUGACGACGAGGAUGAUGUACCCGAUCAUCUGCCUAGCCCUCCACCAAGUGUUGCUGGGAAAGCGAAGGGCAAGCCGGGCCGCAAACCUGGCAAUAAGAGGAAACGAGCCAACGAGGAACCAAAGGAGGCACCCAAAGCAAAGAAGGUUAGACGUAUUCGAAUCCGCAUCAAGGUUCCCGGCCGUGGCCAGCCUUGUUGUCUGUGUCCCAAUGACGUUGACUACGACGAGCUACUGCAGACUGACAACGGGCUGCAAGCACAUAGACUGUGCGCGGACUAUACACCGGAAACCUUUAUUACUUCAAAGCCUAACGAGAAAGUGUGCAACGUUGCCAACAUUGGCAAAGAUCGCUUAGAUCUCAAGUGCAACUACUGCCGCUCUAAGCGUGGAGCUGUCUUCCAGUGCUCUCAGAAGAAGUGCACGCGUGCCUUCCACGCUACUUGUGCAGCAGCCGCGGGCGUACAAGUGGAUUUGGGCCCAAUGCCAACUUUUGACGAAGAGGGAACCGAGUAUUUCUAUGACGGGUACGACUUCAGGUGUCGCUUCCAUCGUCCGAAGAAGAGGAAUGCCAAGAAGGUUACCUCCGACACGCUUGAUAACGACAAGUUCAUUAUGAAUUACGCAAGAAAUUUGAAACCCAAGGAUGUGGUACAGUUCCAGUAUGUCGACGCUGAACUGUACCAGAUCUAUGGAGGGCAGGUCAUUGAGAACCGACCGGGAGAAGCUACUGUGCUUGUUGAGGUGCUUCCGGAUGGGGAUCGUGUGGAAAUCGAGUGGAAAUAUCUCCUUGCCCUGGACCCGGUUGAUUCGGAGCGACCUAAACCCUCUGCGAAUGCUAAGCCUCUACCUGAGCAUUUGAAGGAGAACGACGCUUCUUUGGCCAUUACUAACAGGACGGACGGUGUUCCGCAAAUAGGUGAUGCCUUCCAGGACCCCAACUUGGAACAGAAAUGGGCGGAGUUCCACACGGCUCCAGAAGUAACGCAAAAGGUCGCUAAAGUAGACUUGGGCAAACCCAAUCAACUGUGGCACUACCUUGGGAAGACGUCCACUGAGGCUAGGCCGCAGUACACCGAGGAUCUUGCAAAACCGAAGCACAAUUCAAAGAGCAACUUCCUUGAUACUGUCAAGCCGCCUCCAGCACCUGUUGCGUACAUCGCACGGCAAUCAUAUCCAGCGUCAUAUCCAAUGCAAUACCCGCUCAAGGCGGCGCCCAUUGCCAUGCCACCCAGGACACCAAUACAAACGAGACCAGGUGAGAAGGCUUACCAAUACAAGCCGAAGGGUGAGCCAUCAUACAGGCCAUCAACCAGCUACAAUUAUUCGCCAGAUACUCGCAAGAAUCCGCACUCCCCCGUAGCACAUCAGCCCAACGUGGUAUAUGACCAUCGCGCAUCGGCUCCUCAUUAUGGUUAUUCGGGAUACCCCCCGGCGCCACAACCACAACAGUACCAGCAGCCGGUACAUUUCCAUCAGUAUAUCCCGCCGCAGGCUUCGAACAAUUGGAAACCAUCAACAUCCACGCAGCCACCGCUCCAAGGCAUUGAGCAGUAUGCGCGACCCGGACAGCCUCUGCCCCCAUAUCCAUUUCAGCAACCACCGCCAUCUAGUAAUGCUAGACCACCUCCAUCUUAUCCUUAUCAUCAACAGUACCAUCAGCCGCCUGGAAACACUCCAUUGGGGGCGCCAGCUCCUUUGCCCAAGGAUAAUCGCCAAGUGAAAACAGCAGCAACGAAUGCGCAUGCACCGACUUAUCCAGCAGGGUCUGCUCAAAAUCCAAUCGCAAACGGCGGGUUCACGCCCCAGUGGAUGCCCAGGCCCCAGUCAACGAACGCACCAGUCGCAGAUUCAAGCAAAGGAUCCAUUCCGGGAGGCGCUCCUGCGGGGCCAUCGACGACGCGACCCCCGGCUCAAUUCCAAUCCGCUGAUGCGUUUCAGCGUGAUAUGGCCAACGCACCAGCUACUACAAAUAGAUACCCACGAUGGGAAGAAAUGAUGAAGCAACUUGCGACCUCAAAGGUACCGACGUCUCAGCCAGCGUCUACACCGGUUGCGACGUCAGCCCUAUCGACACAACCGUCUCUAGCCCCUGCUCCAAUAAUUUCGAGCUCGUCGGCAAAGGCAAAACAGAAUCCAGACCAACCCCCUCCGGGACAAGGCCCGAGCAAUCAAACGCAAUCUCUCGGUGUUGAGAGCCAUACGCCUCCCAAAUCACCAGCAGCUGAACCUGACAAAGCAACUCCAGCUGAAGGAGGCGAGCAGAAAAUUGCAUUAGGGGAAGCCGCACAGCCUGCAGCUCCUGGAAGUCCCAAUCGCCCGGUGUAUAGUCCAAUCAGCGACAACGGUGCACCAGCGACUGACGACGCGCCUGCAUUGCCAGCGCCAUCCAUUCACUCUGGAGAAACAUGGCGAUAUUCCUAAGAACAUCGAUACUAGGGUUGGAUGACUUUACUGUUUCAGUUUUCCCUUCUUUUAAUGUGUUAAUUCGCGGCGUCGGACCGGGAUAGUUUAAUUCAAGAUUAUAUCCCUAAACUUGCAAUCGCAACGGGGAAAGCGUUUCGGAUUAUGGGCAAUGACUUAGGAUAAUCAGAUGACUUUUUACGUGGAGGCCGCCAGAUUAGGAUUUAUGACCAGCCACUAUCUAUCUAAUAAAAGCAGCUUUGAAGACGUGCUUUAACA